AGACUACCUUAACACUUUUCACGAUCGUUGCAGUCGGACGGGCAGAGUUCACUGCGCUAUUAAAACCCGGGGGAUGCCCUCAUGUCACUUGAAUAGUAUACAAAGAUUUUUUUUUUUUAAAUUGGAAUUAUAUCGACGGCGCCGCCCUUGUCGACUUAAAAGACAACUUGCUUCGGGUUUUAUAUCCUGCGGCAGCCAAACUUGUGGCCACUACUGGGAGAAGUCAAAAGGAAGCGAAAAGAUGUCAAUUCUGCCUUUCACUCCCCCCAUCGUCAAAAGACUUUUAGGCUGGAAGAAAGGAGAGCAGAACGGCCAGGAGGAGAAGUGGUGUGAAAAGGCAGUGAAAAGUCUUGUAAAGAAGCUGAAGAAGACGGGACAGCUGGACGAACUUGAGAAAGCCAUCACUACGCAGAAUGUCAACACAAAAUGCAUCACUAUACCGAGGUCUCUGGAUGGCCGUUUACAGGUAUCACACAGAAAAGGUCUGCCCCAUGUCAUCUACUGUCGUUUGUGGCGUUGGCCCGACCUGCAGUCCCACCAUGAAUUGCGGGCAGUGGAGUUGUGCGAAUAUGCCUUUCACACAAAGAAGGAUGAGGUGUGCGUCAACCCCUACCACUACCAGAGAGUAGAGACUCCAGUCCUUCCUCCUGUGCUGGUGCCCAGACACACAGAGAUUCCAAGUGAAUUUCCACCGCUGGAUGACUACAGCCAUUCAAUCCCUGAAAACACCAACUUCCCUGCUGGCAUUGAGCCCCAGAGCAACUAUAUACCAGAAACGCCCCCGCCAGGCUAUCUCAGUGAGGAUGGAGAGACAAGCGAUCACCAGAUGACCCACAGCAUGGACACAGGCUCACCAAACCUAUCACCCAAUCCCGUCUCUCCCACACACAAUAACUUGGAUCUCCAGCCCGUGACAUACUGUGAGCCAGCCUUCUGGUGUUCCAUUUCUUACUAUGAGCUUAACCAGCGGGUAGGAGAGACCUUCCACGCCUCGCAGCCCUCACUGACGGUAGACGGUUUUACAGACCCUUCCAACUCUGAGCGUUUCUGCCUCGGCCUCUUGUCCAAUGUCAACCGCAAUGCUGCAGUGGAGCUAACGCGCAGACACAUUGGUCGCGGAGUGCGACUGUAUUACAUUGGCGGAGAGGUGUUUGCCGAGUGUCUCAGUGACAGCGCCAUCUUUGUGCAGAGCCCCAACUGUAACCAACGCUACGGCUGGCACCCUGCCACGGUCUGCAAGAUCCCACCAGGCUGUAAUCUGAAGAUUUUCAACAACCAGGAGUUUGCUGCACUGCUAGCCCAGUCCGUCAACCAGGGUUUUGAGGCUGUGUACCAACUCACCAGGAUGUGCACCAUUCGCAUGAGCUUUGUUAAGGGCUGGGGGGCUGAGUACAGGCGACAGACGGUGACAAGCACCCCCUGCUGGAUCGAGCUGCACCUGAACGGGCCCUUGCAGUGGCUGGACAAGGUUCUCACACAAAUGGGCUCCCCCAGCAUCCGCUGUUCCAGCGUCUCUUAGGGAACCUCUGAGUGACUGAAAACAACAAGCAGUGCGCAAAGAUGAUCCUUUGGCGAGCCUGCUCUUCUUCCCCACCAGAUGUCAGUAGCACUUUUGUUUUUCUAUCCCGUACAGUACUUGUUUAUUUUUGUGUGGCAAAAGGGGAGAAGUGCAUUAAAGCAGGACCAUGCAAAUAUGAUCUCUGGUUGUUGAUUGUUCUUGUCAAAUCCUCACUUAGUCAAUGAGGGCAUGUGUUUGCUUUUCACUUAAAAGAUUCAUAUAUUUGGUUUGGAAUUGUUUCCAUGGUGUACAAACAGUAUGUCACAUUGAAUUGUUGGAGAAAGACUUAGUGUCUUUAAGAUCUAUUUAACUUCCUCUUAAUUUAGCUAUGUGAUGAUAUUAAAGUCAUCCCAAUUCUGUACCCCCCCCAAUCAAAAACAGUUCUUAUGGCUGACAUGCUUUUGUCAAAAUACCCCAAGGUUUUCUCACUGAUAUUGGAACAUUUUCUGUUGCCGUUCGUGAGCAAAAUGUAUACUCCACUCUUUAUACUACUGGGCCAAUGGCGAGCCCUGCGCAGUCUGAGCCGACGCAAUGUGGUCUAAACAAGCAAGUGCCAAUAAACCCAAUAUACGGUUAAGCGUUUUUGACUCGUGUCCUUGAAACCAAAUUUUACCUCCCGCAAGAACUACCCACAAAGGUUCUAUCAGUAAGAAAUAAGCAUCGGCAUAUAAAUGUGACUAAUUUCAUAGUGACCAUAAAACUUUAAAUCAGUCUUGUAAAUGGUGAAAAUGGAGCCCACCCACUCUGGCUCUCAGUGACUCGAUUGAAAACUGAAAAUGAAAGGGUUUUUUUACAAAAUAUGAAAAUGUGACUUAUGUUGUUAUUUUUUAUUUUUUUAGUCUUGGGUAAAAUUGAAAAACAAUGCCCCUCUCCCAAAUUUGCUACUGCAUUGACAACAUGAGCCAAUUCUACAUGAUCAUGUUUCAGAAAGUUGGUUGAAAGUGGUUCCGGACAUUAGCGGUCAUGUCAUGGACACAGUCUGUUCCGAGGCAGCGGGGGUAACAUGCAGAGCAUCUCACCUAUACACACACAUUUUUUUUUUAGAGCUGUGUAACAAAAGAAUUAUGUGGCUUGUUUAACUUCACACUUGAAAAAUGGCAAGCACUUCAUGGAUGCAAGUAUUUGUAUCCUAUACAAUGAAUUGAAAAAGUGAAUUCGACAGUGUACGUACAGUACGUCGCGCCCCCCUUGAGGAUCCCUGCUAACCCAGACUUUGUUACUCUCACUCCGAGUUGAAGUAGAGAAAUUCCUUGUUGUGAUUGUUUUUGUAAUUCAAUAGUGCAUUGUCUCGCUUAGCUGACAUGCAGUAAUCAUCCACGAUGAGGAUAAGGACACCCAAGCCAUCUCACAUGCUCAACAUUUGGAUUUGUGUGUAAAUGAACAUCUGCAGUUGUUUUCUGCUCUAUACGCAUAUAUUCUCUAUAUCCAUAUAUUGAAACUCUCAGGACUGUAAAAGGAGAACAUUUGCCUAAUUGCAUACAAAAACUAGGGGAGACGUCUAUUUUAACUUCGAAACAUUUUCUCCAAACAGCUUUUGAUAAAGGGAAACGCUUCAAUGGAAAGCAUGUAAAUAAUUCAAGCGUCGCAAAAUCUUUAUUUUUACUCUCUAUUGUAUAUGAUUUUUUUUAGCAUUCACCUUUAUAAUGUUCAUGAUUUUUGUCAAAUUGUGAUGAAAGACAGAUGUAAGGAUAUUCAGUCUUAGCUUUGGUUCUGACAGGGGGGAAAUUUACUUUAAAAAAUAAAGGCUCCAGUACCUGGACAUGUACAUGUAGGAUAAUAUUACAUUAUGCUUCUUUUCAUAAAUUCAGCUUUGACGUUAAGGCUGGCCCAGUGGUGCUAAUAUUUAACAUCAUUGGGACAUAAACCAGCAAGUGUCUUGACGCUAACAGACGGGUGAGGCCUUUUAAAACCAUUUGAUUUUACUUAUUUGUUUCAGAAAAGUAGCAUCUACCAAUCUGAGACCAUGACUCCUCCUUUGUGGUGUCACUCAACGCCGCCGUACAAGUCUUUAAGGGCUUUUAUUUCACCCAAGAGUCUGAGAAGUGUUCUUCAUACACUCUUUUAGUAACUACGUUUGUGCUUUUCCAAAUAGCUCACAUUAUCAGUUCAUUUGUAGUCGUUGGGGUUUUACUUCAUUUUGAAUGUGUUAUACAAAUAUGUCCUUUGUACUCUCCUGUCUAUAAAAUGAUUUGAUGCUUUGUAUGGUUGUUUGGUGUAUGGAAUAAAAAUUUCUCUCUCUGUCUCUAUC